UCCUUCCACAUAGAAACAAGAAGACUGGGCUUCAUACUCGUAUAAAUACAGAGAUCCUGUUGACAUUGUCGGUUGGCGACAAGACGUUCCUGGCAUUUUACCGUCGCGUCGUCUUUCACCACGCCCACGAUGCGCUUUCCUACUGUUACUAGGGUCCUUGGCUGGUUCAAAAACGUGGACCCUAGACAGCGUAAGUCAACGUUGCCUGGCCCUAACAUAUACCCGACGACUGGGAACAAGCCCGACGGCCACAUGGUUGGCCGGAGCAGCAUGCGGCCGUACAUAUACCCGAAACUGGCCAAAAUAUCGGUGCCAUAUCAUCGCGUUGGCCAGCUUCGAAAAGAUGGGUGUCGGUACGACCAUGCAAGGUUUCGGAAGGUCCUAAAAGAAGACGAACUCUGUCCGUUUUGUGUGCGAAAGGAGGAAAAGAAGAUGUCUCGGACCAGGGCAUGGCUGCAGGCACGAAGAACUCCUCCUGGCGGCCACACUGUUUCGGUUUCGAAGGAUCAGGGAGAGAGAGCCGACUCCCGCGUUCCACCGGCAGCUUCAGGAGUCGAGGUACGGGUCUCUACUUCCGCAAACACACUCAACCCUGGCACGCAAGGUGAAAGACGCACGCAUGCUGAUAGGCAUCCUAAGAAGAGAACUACUUUACGUUCACUCGUCCUAUUCUUUUUGUACGCUAUGGCUCGCUGGCGGUUCUGGCCUAGGCAUCGCAAAUAAGCCCUAACUACCAGGUGCUGUGCAUCAAUCUCAU